UAAAGCCCAAGGUGUGAGCCAAGAUGCAAUGCCCUAAAAUAGAACCAGAUUACAAAAAAACCUUCAUUUCCAAAUAACAGCAGUUCAUAUUUUCAUACAGUGUUAGGCUACUCUUUACUUUGAAGAAAAACCCAGUUUUCAGAGAAAGAAGAGAGAGAAACAAUGGAGGGAGGAGAUGAAGGAGUUGAUAGAAUGGUGGAUUCUAAGGAUAUGCAGCAGCAAAGUAAAGCUUUCGAUAAGCUUACUGAUCGUGUCGAAGAUCGUCAGCUUGAUUCUUCUCGUGUUCAAACGGCUAUGGCGUCGAUUGCUGCUGCAGCUGAAGCUGAUGCCAAUGCUAUGAGAUUGAGGGAAAAAGAAUUGGCUGCUGUAAAGAUCAAUGCGGCUGAUGUUGAUGUUAUUGCAAAUGAACUUGAGUUGGACAAAAAAGUUGCUGAGAGAACCUUGCGAGAGCACAAGGGUGAUGCUGUGGCAGCCAUACGAUCCCUGCUUCACUAGAAGUUCUGUGAAUUGAAGCAGAUAUGCAUGCUGAAUUAUCCUAGAACAUCCAAUCUAUUAUACUUGUUUUUCUGAAUUUUCAUGGAAAUUUUGUUUCUUGGGUCCUAGCUAUGUGCCAGUGCCGGCAUAUUCCUUGCCUAUUGGCAAAGUUGGUAUUUGUAUCCGUAGUUUGCUUUGCUACACAGUAUUCUUGAAUGACAAACCCAAAGCCAGUAUGAUGUAUAAAGAAUUCUUCAGAAGAGUUUUAUGCUGAUUGAGACAGAUUAACAAUUUAACAUGGACCUAUUUUCAGUAAUUUCCCUCCAUGUUUGUACAAUACAAUGACAUCUUUGCUAAUUGAUAAUCUAAAAGACUUGUACUUA